ACUGACUGCAGUGAGUACGUGGCACUUUUGGACUGAGCCACCCCUUGUAUUUCCAGCACUGUGCAGCUUAUCACUGGGGACUGACCACAACGUUCUCACUCCUGGAGAGAGCUCGGGCUGAGUGAGAGGGUCUGAUCCCAGCUGGAUCUGUCCAGGACCAGCUUCCUGUCUCCUUGCUGCCAACCCAGGUUACACCAGCUGUUCACCAGAACGAUGUCCCCAGUCUCAGGUGAAUCCCUGCAGCUUGUGCACAUUCAGGAAGAUUCGUUGCUCCUCAAUGAGGAUGCUUUUCGAAGCUGUUUCUUACGAGAGGAUGUGAAGGAUGGUCCAGUCUGUCUGAUUACCAUCAUCGGGGAAGAGAGGAAAGGAAAAUCCUUUCUACUCAACUAUCUCCUUCGCCGGCUCCGUCAUCUGGAAUGCAAGGACAAAGGGUGGAUGGGAAAAUUGAAUGAAAUUCUGAAAGGAUUUGAGUACAGGCCUGGAAUACACACCACAACUAAAGGUGUAUUCAUCUGGAGCGAACCGUUCCUGAUAGACACAGAACAUGGCAAGAUGGCUGUAUUUCUGGUGGACACAGAAGGCUGUGAUGGUCAUGAACGAACGAAAGGCCUAAGUGUUCAACUGUCAGCACUCAGUAUGUUGCUGAGUUCGUACAUGAUUUUUAAUGUUGCUUCGAAGAUUAAUCGGACAGACCUGGAAUAUUUAGAGAUGUUUUUGGACAUGGCUGAAAAGGUUGGAGGGGGUCUUGACUUGGAUCCUGUUCAGCAUCUAGACAUCCUAGUACGAGAUUGGGAAGGUUCUGAAAAUUACGGCAAGGAUUCUGGGAAGGAAUAUCUGCUGGAGAUAGAAAAGAAAAUUCAUAGGCUGGACUCCCAAUACUGUGUUUCACUGCUGGAGCAGCUCUCAAUGUGUGAAUGCUUUCUUUUGCCAAAUCCUGGAGAAGGAAUCAGGAAAAGUACCACCGGAUGCUGGAAAGACAUGAGAGAGGAUUUCAGGAAUUCCCUCGACGAUUACUUCUCAACUGUCUUGCGAUCUUUACCCACUGGUGCACGAACAGAUAACAGCGGCUCAGUGGUGUCUGGCUUACAGGUUUUUGAAAGAAUGCAGUUAUUCACCAAAACGAUUGAGACGUACUCACAGGACAUCACAACACAACUUCAGAUGGUGAAUGCAAUUCAGGCAAUGAAGCUACGAGAGAAGAUACGAAAGGAUUUCCAAAGUUUCCUCCAUUUCUCAGAGGUGGAUGAUGAUGAUAUCUACGUGAUCCUGAACAUCUCUCCGAUGUCAAUGAGGGACCGUCUGGAGACGAAGGCCAAUGAGCUGAUGGAGGAAUUUAAGCAGCAACUGGAAGUGGGUGAGGAACAGAGAGAGCGUGCAGUCACGGAGUUGGAUAAUCUCCUGAAGGAAGAGACUGAGAGAUUCUGCACAGCCUACACGAGGCAGUUCCAUCGGGCAGUUUGUACCCUGAGGGACAGAUUGCUGCAGGAAUUUAAAGACUUCAUCGAACAGCAGGAGGUGGAUGACGAUGAUAUCUACGUGAUCCUGAACAUCUCUCCGAUGUCAAUGAGGGACCGUCUGGAGACGAAGGCCAAUGAGCUGAUGGAGGAAUUUAAGCAGCAACUGGAAGUGGGUGAGGAACAGAGAGAGCGUGCAGUCACGGAGUUGGAUAAUCUCCUGAAGGAAGAGACUGAGAGAUUCUGCACAGCCUACACGAGGCAGUUCCAUCGGGCAGUUUGUACCCUGAGGGACAGAUUGCUGCAGGAAUUUAAAGACUUCAUCGAACAGCAGGAGGUGGAUGAUGAUGAUAUCUACGUGAUCCUGAACAUCUCUCCGAUGUCAAUGAGGGACCGUCUGGAGACGAAGGCCAAUGAGCUGAUGGAGGAAUUUAAGCAGCAACUGGAAGUGGGUGAGGAACAGAGAGAGCGUGCAGUCACGGAGUUGGAUAAUCUCCUGAAGGAAGAGACUGAGAGAUUCUGCACAGCCUACACGAGGCAGUUCCAUCGGGCAGUUUGUACCCUGAGGGACAGAUUGCUGCAGGAAUUUAAAGACUUCAUCGAACAGCAGGAGGUGGAUGACGAUGAUAUCUACGUGAUCCUGAACAUCUCUCCGAUGUCAAUGAGGGACCGUCUGGAGACGAAGGCCAAUGAGCUGAUGGAGGAAUUUAAGCAGCAACUGGAAGUGGGUGAGGAACAGAGAGAGCGUGCAGUCACGGAGUUGGAUAAUCUCCUGAAGGAAGAGACUGAGAGAUUCUGCACAGCCUACACGAGGCAGUUCCAUCGGGCAGUUUGUACCCUGAGGGACAGAUUGCUGCAGGAAUUUAAAGACUUCAUCGAACAGCAGGAGGUGGAUGAUGAUGAUAUCUACGUGAUCCUGAACAUCUCUCCGAUGUCAAUGAGGGACCGUCUGGAGACGAAGGCCAAUGAGCUGAUGGAGGAAUUUAAGCAGCAACUGGAAGUGGGUGAGGAACAGAGAGAGCGUGCAGUCACGGAGCUGGAUAAACUCCUGAAGAAAUUGAUUGAUAAGUCCUGCACAGCCUACACGAGGCAGUUCCAUCGGGCAGUUUGUACCCUGAGGGACAGAUUGCUGCAGGAAUUUAAAGGCUUCAUUGAACAGCAGGAGCAGGUUUCGUCCUGGCUGUUGAUUUAUGUGAAGACGUUGUUGGGUCAGAUGAGGAAGUUGCUGGAGGAGAAGGAGAACGAGCUGAUGGAGACGUUAUGGACAACGAUGAGAGAGUGUGAGGAGGAGAGAGAGCGAGCGAUGGCCCAGCUGCAAUCCCAGCUGCACAUGGAGAAGGAGAUCUUCUGCAAGAAACACAGCGACAACUUCUGGAAUGGCCUGAAGUUUGGCAUCAUGGUGGGCGCAGUGGUAUUGGGGGCUGCGGUGGUGUUGCAUGUAGUACCCUCUGACCUAGUAGGAGGCACUGUUGUGGCAAUCUUUAAGAGAGUUGCGGCGUGCAUUAAUGUGGGAUACAUCUUCCGUUCUGAUAAUACUCCAUGUUUUGGUAUAUUGGGAGCGUUUUUUUGGUUCAGCUUCGUGUCAUUUGGAAACUCACCGAUGAAUGUGCGCACAGGGACACGAUGGCAUGUCACCCCUCGAUACAAUCAGCGGUGUUACACAACUGAAUUGGGAAGAGAAGUUCACAGGAGCCCGGGAAUGGAGAGCUUUUAAUGAGUCCGGAAUGAGAAUAAAAACUGAUUCAGAAAGAA